AUGCACCAUCCAAACGCUUCUGGGUUCGAUUCCGCCUCAGGCCAGACAGGUAUCCAGAUUAAAUUGAAACUGACCACGGACGAUCUCUUCGACUUUGACCAGUACUGCGGCGAGAAUUCGAUGAUCGCGGCACCUCCUGAGGUUGCGGACUCGAAUCGAUCCCAAGUGGCCGGCCAGUUCCAGGACCUUCCGAGCGUACAGCAGCUCGACUCCAACUCAUUCAAAGGAGCGGAUGGGAAUACUUAUCAUCAGCCAAGUUCCGAGCCGGUAGCAGAACGCCAUUCACUGGAGCAAGGCUCUACGUCGGCCUCGAAUCCGUCAGGUAUGUUAAACCUCCCCAGCGAAAGUGGAAGAAGAGGAGCAAGCCGAAGAAUCCGGAGCAGAGCGGACGAGACGAACUAAUAUCCCUUUGGCCUGCUGGAGCUUUUGCUCAUGUGUAGCUCGUAAACUGGCGAGCAUGUGACGGACCGGAUGACUCUGGCUUGGCUCUCCACUCGAUCCCAGCGGACCGGGUCGCGAGAUAAGCGAGCGGAAGAUGGAUCGGAUCGGGACGGGACGGGACGGGACGAGACGAGACAAGAUGGGCCGCCGAGCCACGACUUUCUUGUCUGAGGAUGCCAGUCGGCGUUAGAGCAGCAAGCUCCGGCAGCGCCAGACAGAGGGCGGCCCUGCGCUACUACAUUCACCGACGACUCGACCAGAUGCGCUAACUUUUGUCUGAUCUCUAGAAGAAGCAUGCGACAACCCACGACAACUCUCCCUCUCCCGCUCACUCUCACGCUCACGCUCACGCUCACUCCACGCGCAUCCACACCAGAAUCAGUACAAACCUCGACAACAGCGACCGCCUCUAUACUACUCCUCCCAGCAGCACCGGCGCAUUCCCUCCGGCGCCUACGGUCCUGCCACGCCCAGUAGGGAAGUCACCGCCAGCCACUUCCACCACAUCCUCAGUCCCUUUGGCCUCGCCCGAUUCGGACUGUCGCGGAAGGACGAGCAAACCGUCGCACCUCACGGCCCCAUCCACGUUGGCGAGAAGCAAACUUCACAAACAACCAAGCGAGCAAGGAGAUAUGCAGAGGGCAGGCAGAACUGGACUUACUUCAAACACGAGUCGGAGACGGAAGGCACAGUCGACAACCAGCCCAACGGCCCAUCUACUGCUCCUGCAUCCCAAGCACCUCGCACGACUGCCCUCACCUUCGCGCCUCCACACCCUGCCCGCUUCACCUACGUUACCUCUCGUCCCAAGGUAUUCCCGGCCUCCGAACUUCGUCGCUUGGUCAAGGAGAGCAAGGAGAUCAAGAAGAAGUCGGAGUCGACAAUGACAAUGACUGCGGCCGUGCCUAUGUACGAUCUUGCACCCCCCGGCCGGGAUUCUACCCCCGAGCGGGACCUGGCCGAUUCUGGGCCGUGGAUCGACACACCGACCCAUAUCACCACCGAUCAUGGCCUGCCCAGCAACAUGCGCGACAGUAACGACCACGCCGCCCAGCCAAACCUCAACACACCUGCUGACCUCGACGGAGCAUCGACCCCGGCAGUCGAGACCACGAAUGUCCCGGAGACCGCCAGAACGGUCGUCGACAACAGCUCUCUGCUGUUCAACGCCGGUCUAGAUGGGGUGACCUCUGCCCAAGAGUCCGCAAUGCUCGAGGAUGGCUUGCCCUCAGAAGCGCCCGCUACACCAUCCCUCGAGGCUCCUGCUGAUUCCGAAGCACCUGCCACCGAGGUCGAUGAUACGGCGGAAGAUGAACGCAGCCACCAGGCCUACGCCAUGCUCAAAUUCGCCGACAGCUAUGCCUACAUCACCUCGCUCAACUUGAUGAUCAUCCGGGACCAGGGUUAUGCAGACCGCUGGCGGCAGGAGAAGAGAGAGAAGAAAAGGCGUCAAAAGAUUGAGAGUAGAGCUCAGGAAGCACUCGAGGGGUAUCGCCAGGAACCGAGCCAACCAUCUCAACCCGGAGACGACGACCGGAGGAAUCCGUCCUCGAGGUCCGGAGACGGUGACGCACUUGAAGGCCGUCCCGCACCAGGCCUACUCAGCAACUACAGUGAACAGGGCGGCGCGGUUGCCUUCAAUCCGCCUUCGGAUGAUGAGGACCACUUCGACUAUGGCGAAUUCGGCAAGCCCCGGCGCGCUCGUCAUAACGGCAACUCAUCUUCAGCGGCUUCCAUCGCCCCGGCGGAUCUGCAUUUGCAUCCCACGGACAUUACCGACACGACGGAGUACUUCGACAAAGGUCUCGAGUCCAAUCCUGAAGUCUGGGCGGCUCUGCCUGUCCAUCCUGCCCGGCCCGAGGACAUCAAGAAGAUCUCCCGAGAAGGCCAUAUGAUCUUCAGUUAUGAUGCCGCCCGUGAGAAGUGGGUAUUGAAGGUGCUUGGUAGAGGCGGCGUCUUGCACAAUAAUACCCACUACGGACCAAGCGAGGAUCCCAUUGAGCUCAAUCAUGAAGACGAGAUUUGGGUCGCUACCCUUGGCAUGACUUUCUUGCUUCCAACACAAGUGCCGGAUGAGGAAGGAGUCAUGGACAGUGUGGAGGGCGUCACUCAAGUAGACAGCGAUGAGGAUGACGAGAGGCCCCUUGCAGAGACUCGUGAUCGGCCGAAGACUUUCAAACUCAAGUUGAAUAAUCCGAACAAGAAGAAGGACAAAAAGCCCGAAAAGCCCGAGGAAGAGAUAGCCAAGGUCGAACCAGCCAAGGGUAAGUCGAAAGCGAAGGGCAAGGCCAAGCCCAAGGAGGACCAGAAGAAGUCGGAGGCCAAGAGUAGCGCGCUACCCCAGAACGAGCCUUCGCCGGCGCCCGACGGAGUCGAAAGGAAAGUAGAGAAGGGCAAAAAGCCAAAGGCUGCAGCACCCAGCACUGCUCCAGCUGGUGCGAAAGAAGAGUCCGGAGAAGCCAAGCAAGAAGCCGAAAAGGGCGACCAGGCGUCGCCGCCCUCCGCUCCCGUGCCUAUUGACGCGAACUCGGCAAUCUAUGGCCUCCCGCAGGACGAAAUGCCAGAGAAACGAAAGGGUCCGGGCCGGCCACCUAAAAAUGGCGUUCUCUCAAAGCGUGACGAGGCGGGUGUCAAGCGGAAGCAGAAGGAAUAUGAGCGACUAGGCGUCGUGAAAACACUCAAGGAGGUACUCGACGAAGUCCGCAGGGAACAACGGGCCAAGGAUCUGGCUGCGAAGGCCGCUGCUCGCGGUGAAACAGUUCAGGACACGCCUGUCCCAAGUAUUGAGCCCGGAACGAAUCGCGACAUUGAUUCUGGCAUGCAAUCGGCCUCACAAGAGGCGAGGGGAUUGCUCAGCGGGAGUCCAACGGCGGGAGCAGAUCGCGGAUCACCAAAGCCACGGCCUCGGAUGAAGUCUCCCUCCCCGAUCAAGCCCGAACACGAGUUCACGGAGGAAGAGCUGAAGAAACCCACGAUUACCUAUAUCUACAUCAUCGAUGAGAUUCUCCAGAGCAUCGAGGGCGGGCAAGCAGACCUACAGACGAUUUACGACAAAAUCCAGAAGCGCUGGCCGUUCUUCAAGUACAGGGUCAAUUCGAUUGGUUGGCAGAGUAGUGUUCGACACAAUCUCCUGUCUUGCGAACGCUUCAAAGAGGCCGGAAAGAGUGGCAAGGGCAAGUUCUGGACGAUCAACCAUGAAGUCGCUCUCGACAACAAAAAGAAGAGACCAACUCCGCCGCCAAGACCACCGCAAAUGCCGAUGGCUAAUUGUAUGCCGCCGAAUGGCUACGGACAGGCUGGAUUUCCAGGUUCGUUUCCUGUCAACGGACAAGCUCCGUAUGGCAGCAAUGGACAGCCUGGGCACGGAUAUUACAGCAGCCCAUACGGCUCCGGAGCUAAUGGAAACUACGGGGGCCCACCUCCUGGUUCUGGCCCCAUGCAUCAGAACAGGCAGUCAUCGAACGGUGCAUACCCGCGGCAGCCAUCGCAUCCUCAAGGCCAUGUUCCAGGACGUCAGCCUAGCGAGCAAGCUCCACAACAGAAACCGCCGCAGCUCCCAUUCCAGCAGAUUGUCGAUGAGAUUCUUAGAUUCAGAACAACCUGGCUUCAAGGGAUCCCUAUAGGUACUCCGGAAUACACUCAACGCGAAGGGCCUUUUAAUCGAGCCAUGGAACAUUAUUCGACGCUUUUUCAUGGUGGUGCGAGUAGCGAAGUGACAGACGAAGAGACCAAAAUCGAGCCCUUUACGUCCAUUAAAGCGAUCUUCGACCGGCAUCCUGCGCAGACCAGCCAGAACCAAGCGACCACGCCAGCCGUCGGCAAGGACAAUCCAACCACUGCAUCGAAUACGCAGCAGAGUAUCGCCCCUGCUGGUCAAACAUCAGCGCCCGCUGCUCCUGUCCAACCACAAUCAAUGCCGCAGACUGCUGCCGCACCAGGUGCGAUGGUGAGCAAUGGACAGACGAUGCAGAUGCCAACACCGACCGUCCAGGGGCCAAGCUCAAUGCCUGUCGGCGCUCAGAUCAGCACACAGGUUCAGCAACAAGCUGCACAAGCGCCGACAGCUUCAAUUAUUGAUGCAAACCCCGCUGCACGGGCACCCAGUGCAUUCGCGCCACCGCCUCCCGCAGGUCAGACAAACCAAGCGCCUCCUGUCACAAAUGCAACUGUAGCACCUCAGAUGCCGGCAACCACUGGGGUCCAAAGCUCUUCUGAACCGUUGACGAGUACCGCAGCACCAGCCGUGGCAACGCAGAACGGCACGCAGGUUCAGAACAACGAUCGAGCCCCCAUGCCCUCGACCGCCGAAAAAGAUGGCAAGGUGGAGCAACGUGCCGCAACAGCCUCUGCCGUCCCACCACCGGCCACCGCUGUCGUCUCAGAUGCUCAGAAUCAAGAUGGUGAUACGAAGCCGGCGCCAAAGCCUGUCACAAUGCCCUCCUUCGCAACGCCCUCGCAAGGUCAGCCGGUUUCGGCUCAGGUACCGACGAUGCAAUCUGGAGCUCUGCCGGCCGAGGCGACACGACCAGUGUCGGCAGGUACUAAACGAGCGGCAGAAGGUUCACCUACUGGCGAGGAGGAAUCGGAGGCAAAACGACAGAAGACAUUGCCAUAG